AAUAUCUUGUAUUUCAGUCUGCGCAGAUUUGUCAAGUAGCGAAGCACAGUGGGAAUUGUUUCGACAGGAACAAAAACGAGCUCAUAAUGGCCGAAAGCAAGCAGAAUCGGGAUGAUGUUCUCACAUGUUCGAUAUGUAUGGAAACAUACCGGCAACCGGUAAUACUACCCUGUCAGCACAGUUUUUGUAGGGAAUGCAUUCAUUUGUAUGCUGACAAGUCUAAAUCUGUGCAGACAGAUGAGACCUCUGACAGCACGGGGAGUGAGGACAUUCAUCAGCAGAUAGCAUGCCCUGUGUGUCGGGCAUCGACCAGUCUGGGGAGAGAAGGUGUGGCUGGUCUGCCUCCCAACUUUCACCUGGCGGAAAUUGUGGAGAAGUUCUCUGCUGUAAAGGUUGAGGAUGACGCCCCAUAUUGUUCUCUGUGUGAGGAGGAAAAUCCCGCUAAAGCUGUCAAGUUUUGUACCAACUGUGGUGUGUUCUACUGUCAGGAAUGUCUUGCUAUUUGUCACCCAAUGAGGGGGCCUCUGAAACGUCACCGACUGAUUUCGUCCCUGGAGUACCUCUCCCAGGAAACUUCACAGAGUCAAGUCAGCAGGGAGCACCAAUCAACGCAGCAGCAGCAGCCGUCAUGUGCUGGACACGGUCAGCCAUUCAUCUUGUACUGUGUACCAUGCAGGAUGGUGAUCUGUAUGGGGUGUGUGGUUGACCAUCCGAAACACGCUGUGCUAGAUAUAAAAUCAGCAGCUGAGAAUGACAAGCCUGCGAUUUUGAACAAGAUUAGUGAACUAGAGAAAGUGCUGCAAGAAGCUAGAGAAUCACUGUCAGGAGUUAUGAGGCUGCACAAGAAGAUACAGGAAAACCAGGAACUUCACACUCAGGAGGUAGAGAAAGCUUAUUGUGCAGCCUUGGAAGCCUUACAAGCCUGGAGGCAGCACUCCUUAGAUGGUAUGAAAACCCGCUAUUCACAGUGGAGUGUGGAAUGUAGCGCCAUACUCAAACAUUUCCAGCUACAGGUGCAAGAAAUGGAGGGGAUGGUACAGGCUUCCAAGGAUUUGUUGGCGUCAAUGGACGUCAAGUUUUUACAGGGUUCCACGGGCUUCUCCAAAACAAUUGACGACCAGCUGAAUGAGAUAAGAGCAGAUCUGGAGAAACAUGAGGUCAGCAAACAGAAGCUUCUAGAUUUUGUACAAGAUGACGUUGUUGUCCCCAGACACGUGACAGUAAAAGAGACAGUGCAAGAAAGUCAGGACAUAGAAGCAGCAGUCGGUGGACAAAAGUCACACCCACAUGUUACAAGUAGGUUCUUAUAUGUAUAAAAGGUAUACAGUAGGGUGUGCCCAGAGACCAUAGACGACUGUAGGGUUUACACUAGUAUGUGCAUCAAAGACACAAACAUAAAGUGGAGAAGGCGCACAGCUGUGUGUGUGCAAAACACACGAUACACUGUGUUAAGGAAACAAACCGAUAUGAGAAGUAAUACAGCAGGGUGCGCCAAGAAAAUGAACAGUAUUCAGAGAGAAACGAAAGUGAGAAGAGUUUACAAAAAGUAAAAAUGGUAUGAGGUGUACGAUAGGGUGUGAACAAAACACAGACUGAUAUUAGGUUUACAUUAGAGUGUGGGCAAAAGACACAGGGUAAUGCAAGGUGUACAGUAGGGUGUACACAGAACACAGGCACUAAUGUGAGGCAUGCAUUGGGGUGUGCACAAAACAUAAACUUGUGUCAAGCAUCCAUUGAGGUGCCCACAGCAGAUACAAACUAAGGUCAGGCAUGUAUCAGGGUGUUCACAAAAAAUACAAACUAAGGUCAGGCAUGUAUUAGGGUGUUCACAAAAGAUACAAACUAAGGUCAGGCAUGUAUUAGGGUGUUCACAGAAGAUACAAACUAAGGUCAGGCAUGUAUUAGGGUGUUCAAAAAAGAUACAAACUAAGGUCAGGCAUGUA